AUGUCAAAACUAAAUAAUGCCCAAGCAACAACUAUAAUCAGACAAGAAAUAGAUAUUCCCAAUUUGACAUCUUAUUUAGCUUCAAGAAUUCCUGAAAUUAAGUUACCAAUAGAAACCCAACAAUUCAAAUUUGGUCAAAGCAACCCCACAUAUCUCCUAAUUGAUGCAAAUCAAAAACGAUAUGUACUACGAAAAAAACCACCAGGAAAACUAUUAUCAACUACUGCACAUGCUGUUGAACGCGAGUUUCAUAUUCUUGAUGCUUUAGGAAAGUAUACCGAUGUACCAGUGCCUAAGGUAAUGGAAUUUUUAAAUGGUAAGAUUUUUGAGGAUGUAAGACUUUUAUCACUUUCUCCAAAUGAAAGAAAGAACUGUUGGUUUUCUUUGGUCAACACACUUGCUAAAUUACAUUCAGUUGAUUAUAAAGCAAUAGGACUAGAUGAUUAUGGAAAACAAGUUCGUUCACUACUCAAAGUAUCAAAAGCUCAAGCUGCUGUGGUAGAUGAAGAUGGAAAUGAAGUGGGUGCUCUUCCAGGACUUGAUGAAAUGAUCAAGUGGUUUAAAAAUAAUGAAAUUCCUGAUGAAGCAACAAUUUUACAUGGUGACUUUAAGGCACAAAUUAUCAAAUAA